AAAGGAUGAAGGAUAGAUAUGAACAUAUUUAUGCUGUCUCGCCAUUGGGAAGUCCAACGUCAGCUCGCGUUGCGGUCAUGCCCAAACUCUCGCGUUGACAAAGGAAGUCUCGCCGCCUUAGUUUUACUUUGAGAGGUUAAAUCCGUGUCAAGCUUCCUCCAGCCACCCGUUGCAGUAAAUGAGAAUAUUUGGGGACUGUUUGAGAGCAGAUAUCGUAACGCGAAUCCAACAGGAAGGGUCCGGCUCCACCAUGCGACAUUUAUCUAUCCUGCUGCUCCCACUGUUCCUCCUGCUCCUGGCCUUCCCAGUCUCCGGUGGACGCUACAAUGAUGACUUUGAUGAUGGCGAGGACCUGGCUGACUUCGACGACAACGACUUUGCCGAAUUUGAGGAUAUGAGCGAUGAUGCAGUGCCCGAGGCUGGCACCGCCCCGCCACCUGCUCGGGGCAGCCCUUCUUUGCGGCCUGACGAAGACGAGGAUGAAAACGAGGCCACAGUGGAGUUGGAGGAUGGCCAAGAUGGUUUUGAUGACUCGGAUGCCCAAGAUCAGGACAUUUACAGUAAAUAUGACCAGGAGGAGUUUGAGGGUAUUGGCGACAUGGAGAAGACUGGGCACCCCAUGAAAGACCCCCUCAUAAUCCAUACGGUAAAUCUGAUUUAACUCUUAAAGCCUCUCUUUAGAUUAUUGCCGUCACUUGUCUUUCUUUUGCCUGCACAGUAUA